AAACCCACCCAAAGAACAGACAGGGAGGCCCAUGUUAAGGUGGAUCCGAGGUUCUUAAGUAACAGAACACACAAAACCCUAGUUAGUGUUAGUGUUCCUCAAGCCACCGUACCGUGUUGCCUCUCUGCAAUCUACAGCCAAAAUGCCUUUCAAGAGGUACGUUGAGAUCGGGAGGGUUGCCCAAAUCAACUACGGCAAGGAAUAUGGCAGGCUCGUCGUCAUUGUCGACGUCAUUGACCAGAACAGAGCUCUUGUCGAUGCCCCUGAUAUGGUGAGGUCCCAAGUCAAUUUCAAAAGGCUUUCCCUAACCGAUAUUAAGAUUGACAUUAAGAGGGUCCCUAAGAAGAAAGAUCUUGUCAAAGCCAUGGAGGAUGCUGAUGUUAAGACCAAGUGGGAGAAGAGUUCAUGGGGCAGGAAACUCAUUGUCAGAAAGAGAAGGGCAUCCCUCAAUGAUUUUGAUAGGUUCAAGAUAAUGUUGGCCAAGAUCAAGAGGGCAGCGGUUGUAAGGCAAGAGCUUGCUAAGCUGAGAAAGAGCGCUUAGGCAUAGCUUCACAUUAUAGUCUUCAAAUUUUUGUUAUGAAUUUGCUUACCUUGGUUGUUGUGAGAUUUCAUGUAUCAUUGAACCGCUUGAUUUAAUGUUAGUACUCCAAGUUUCCAAUACUUUGCAUUUGCUUGCAUAUUUUAUAAUAUUAUUUGUAAGAUCAACUUAUAUUCUCAGGCUGCAAGUUAGAGUUGCAACUGGUUUUUCUCCCAUAAUUUUAUAUUUAUUAAGUUGGCUUUGUGAUUA